GUGGUGGCGAAGGAUAUUUUAUGGGAGCUCAUCAUAUAAAGUGCCCAAUCUAACGGUUUAUAGUGAAGCACUUUUUCUAUAAAUAGUAUAAAUCUAGGUAAGCUAUCAGAAGCCCUCGAAAUUUGAUUCCUUCUCAGAGCAUAAUUUGCUAAAGAUGGGUUCAUCAGAUGAAGCCAGAAAACCCCAUGCAGUAUGUGUACCAUACCCUUCGCAAGGGCAUGUGACCCCCAUGAUGAGAUUAGCAAAGCUCCUACACUCAAGGGGCUUCCACAUAACCUUUGUCAACACCAAGUUCAACCACAUGCGAUUAAUCCGCUCCAAAGGACCCAACUACAUAAAGGGGUUGCCGGACUUCCAGUUUGAAACUAUACCAGACGGGUUGCCUCCGUCCGACCGUGAUGCAACCCAGGAUGUCUCGGCCCUAUGUGAUUCCACAAGAAAGAAUUGUUUGGCCCCGUUUAAAGAGCUUGUGCUUAGGCUCAACUCCUCAUAUGAAGUGCCUCCAAUCACUUGCAUAGUUUCAGAUGGGGUUACAGGAUUUGGAAGAGAAGUUGGGAAAGAAUUAGGCAUCCCGGAAGUUCAAUUUUGGACUGCUUCUGCUUGUGGCUUCAUGGGAUAUCUUAACUUCACUGAACUCAUCAAAAGAGGCAUUAUUCCCUUCAAAGAUGAAAGCUUCAAAGAUGAUGGCACACUUGACACACCAAUCGACUGGAUCCCAGGCAUGAAAAACAUUCGGCUCAAGGACUUGCCUAGCUUCAUUAGAACCACCGAUACUAAUGAAACAAUGUUUGACUUUAUGGGAUCAGAAGCACGAAAUUGCUUGAAUUCUUCUGCGAUCAUCUUCAACACUUUUGAUGAGUUUGAAUAUGAUGUAUUAGAAGCAAUUUCAGCCAUGUUCCCUCGCAUUUACAAUAUAGGUCCCCUUUCCUUACUAGAACGACAUGUGCCUAAUAGCCAACUCAAGUCCUUAAGUUCAAGCUUAUGGAAAGAAGACUCUGAAUGUCUCCAAUGGCUUGAUAAAUGGGAACUCAAAUCUGUUGUGUACGUAAACUAUGGAAGUGUGACCAUGAUGACCGAAAAGCAUUUCGAAGAGUUUGCAUGGGGGCUUGCAAAUAGCAAGCACCCUUUUUUGUGGAUUGUUAGGUCCGAUGUGGUAAUGGGAGAUUCGGCAGUUCUACCUGAAGAUUUUGUGAAAGAGACUAAGGAUAGGGGAUUGUUAGUGAGUUGGUGCCCACAAGAACAAGUGUUAGCACACCCAUCAAUAGGGGUUUUCUUAACACAUUGUGGGUGGAAUUCUACAUUGGAAAGCAUAUGUUUUGGUGUGCCUAUUAUUUGCUGGCCAUUUUUUGCUGACCAACAAACAAAUCGUUGGUACGCUUGUACCACUUGGGGAAUUGGCAUGGAGGUCAAUCAUGAUGUAAAACGUGAUGAGAUUAAAGAACUUGUUGAAGAAGUAAUGGAAAGGAAUAAAGGGAAGGUGAUGAGGCAAAAUGCACUAGAAUGGAAGAAGAAAGCAGUAGAAGCUACUGAUAUUGAAGGUUCAUCUUACAAUAAUUUUGAAAGGUUAAUUAAGGAGGCUCUCCAUGAUCCAUAAGGCAUUAAGCAUAUCUUCCGUGGUCUUAUAUCUAUGUCAUAUUCUAUCUUCCACAAUUAUUAAUUAGUUAUUAUUUUUCUGAGAUUUAA